AUGCUGUAUAUUUUGCUAAGUACUGUUGUUGCUCUUCUUCUGUGUCGCCUGGUCGUGCUCUGGGUGAGAUAUGAGGUGAUGCACCCUCUGCGAGAGCAUGCUUACCCGCUGAGAAAAGAUAAGAACUUCGAAGUCAUAAAAGAAGCUGCUGGAAACGGCACUCUGCCAAAAGCUUUCAGGCCGAAUUCAUUUCCACUUUCUUCAUGGAGUGGAAACGUCAUUCUCGCCGAUUACGAAUUAAUCAAAGAAGCGUUUUCGAAAAAAGAACUGUCAAAUCGUCUUUACUCGGAGAAAUUGGACCAGGACAUGGUCAGAAAGCGCAAAAACUACGGCAUCAAUGAAAUGGUCGAGCGAAUUCUUGGCCCGGAAGAUACUCUCACGAAAAACGGCGCCGGCGCAUCGAUGGGAAUCGGCGAUGGUUUCUACGACGAGACGCACAGGAACUUGCGUGUCCACUGGCACGAUACGAUCAAGCGCCUUGUCGGGCGGAAUCAAAUCUCCGAGAUCAUCCAGCACAGUUCCGCCCAGGUCAACCGCUAUCUCGAACGCGAAGGGAGCCAGGACGGCAUUGACCCACGCGAGAUCUUCAUGAAUGGCACGAUGAAUGUCGUCACUGGUUUUUCUCUCGGAAUUCUGUACGAAUUCGACGAUCCAGAUUUCAAAAACUUGGCCAAGUACGUUCGAGUCUUCUUUGAAAAUAUGCGAAAUAUGUACGUCAAUAAGAUCAUUGUCGAUAUUUUUCCUCUAUGGCCUCGGAUGACGCAAAACUGGCUGUACCAACUGUUCGUGAGAAAACCGCUGGCUGGAAUUACAGAAACGGUCCCACGAUUCACCGAGUAUAUUUUAACCAAGGUGAAAGAACACCGAGCAACUCUGGAUAUUGCUAACCCAAAAGAUUUUCUUGACAUUUUGCUCAUCGCAGCUGAAAAAGACUCGCGCUUGGGGCAUUUUACGAUCACUUCUUCGAUCGUUGCUCUGUAUUUGGGAGCAAGUGACACUCUUUCGAAUCAAAUGAGAUGGCUUUGUUUUACGCUGGCAGAUCACCCGGAAGUGCAGGAAAAGAUGUUUGAAGAAAUAAAGGCAUCGAUCGAAAAAGACUCGGAAAUCAUGAAGGAAAAUUGCCCGUUCACCCGCUCCGUGCUUCUGGAAAAUAUGCGAUGGCAUCCUGUCGUCGACACAUUGCCGCACCGAGCAACCGAAGAUAUCGAAGUACAGGGCGUCCCAAUAAAAAAUAAAGCGGUUGUACAAGCUUCACUGACUGCAGUGAUGCACAACCCGGCAAACUUUCCUGAGCCAGAAAAGUUCAUCCCUGAUCGUUUCAUCAAAAACGGAGCCUUUGAAAAUGACGUUAAAGUUUGCGGAUUCUCGCUAGGACUGAGAAAUUGCAUCGGCAAGCAACUGGCGAUAGAAGAAUACUUUAUCUUUUCAAGCAACAUGGUGAAGUCCUUCAGACUAGAAAGAACUGCUGGCAAAAACGAGAUCGCGAAUCACACGGCAAUCUUGAUGCCGAAAGACGGCAACAAAGUGCGCUUCAUCCCUCGCAACAAAUAA